UUCGUUCAUCUGCUACGAUGAGUACAACGCUACGAAUAAACAUGUAAGCAACUACGUACUGAAAAACUCCAAAUAGAGCAGAAAGCUAUUUUGCACAUUUUUUUCGAGACACGGGAAUUUUGUAGCCGACUGCAAGCUGGGUCUGGGAACUAACCGACGGCACAGCCUACUGUUACAGUACCCUAUGAGACAAAUUGUGGAAGACUAUAAUAGUGCUAUUAAUUGGCUACAGAGGGCGACAACGACAUAAAUGUAACAAUGACAGUUAUGAUGACACCAACCCAAAAUUUUGACAGCGAAGACGAUCCCAAAUGGUAGAUUUUAUCAAACACAAACAAAAAAAUGGCAGCUGAGAUUAAACCUUCUACACAAUCUAACGAACGGUUUUGUACAACGAAAAAACCAGUUCUCCUAGCCAAAUUGGAUGGCUGCAGCGAUGAGGUAAAUGCGGCUGUCCUCAUCCCUGGGGAAGAAGGUAUCAUCAGUGUUUCAGAUGACAAAACUGUACGAGUAUGGCUGAAAAGAGAUUCAGGCCAAUAUUGGCCCAGCAUCUGCCAAUACAUGCCAAGUGGCACCACAUCUAUCUACUAUACAGUUGAAACAAGACAAUUAUUUAUUGGCCAGGAAAAUGGAACAGUUUCAGAAUAUUCUCUAGCUCCAGAUUUUAAUAGAAUGAUGCAAGUUAGGGAGUAUUUAGCACAUCAGGCAAGGGUCACAGAAAUCAUAUUUGCUAUAAACUGCGAGUGGGUGUUGAGUGUUGGUAGGGACAAGGUGUUCUCCUACAAUUGCACACAGACUGGCAGGAAUAUAGGAACAUACAAUGCAGAAGCUUGGUGUACAGCAUUACAAUUUGAUGCACAAACCAAACAUGCCUUUGUAGGAGAUUACUCAGGCCAGAUUACCAUGCUGAAGUUAGACAACAAUGGACCAACAGUAAUAACAACUUUGAAAGGCCAUUCAGGAUCCAUCAGGUCAUUGGCAUGGGACAGUGAAAGACAAAUGCUGUUCAGUGGAUCCUUUGACCAUACUAUUAUUGUAUGGGAUAUGGGUGGCCAACAGGGUAAUGCUUACGAGCUGCAAGGGCAUCAUAAUAAGGUAACCACCCUGCACUAUUCCCCCUCCACCCGUCAACUGAUCAGUGCCGGCGAGGACGGUGUCUUCGCCUUCUGGGACAUGUCCCGGCCUCGUCACGAAACCCCCGAAUGGGUUGAAUCCGACCUGUGCCAGCUGUGCGGUCGGCCCUUUUUUUGGAACCUGCGCGCCAUGAUGGACCAGCGCCAACUGGGAUUACGUCAACACCACUGCAGGCAUUGCGGCAAGGCGGUGUGCGAGAAGUGCUCCACGGGGCGGCUUACAGUGCCCGCCAUGGGAUUCGAGUUUGCUGUUCGGGUUUGCGAUCCGUGCCAUCAGACGCUCAGGGAACAGGAGUAAGUACAGUUGAUUGUGCAAGUUGGAUAACUUAUUUUGCGUACGAUUUUGUCUUGAUUUUAACAUCAGUCCUGCACCUAAUGGAAUGAAGCCCCUUCUUGGUAGCUAACAAGUAUUUCACUGAGCUAAGAAUAAAUUUAGGCAUAGAGGUUAAAAUUUCACGAGCAAACUAGAAUAGAUAUAAAAAAUCUGAUUUUAAGGCAACCUUGCAAACAUGUAUUUUUCAAAAUACCCUAUAUUUGAUUGCAAAUUUGUAUAGAUCUUCUAAAAACAAGAAGUUUGAUACCAUCCAUAUACAUAUAACAUAUAAAAUGCCCAAUGUUGACGCCUCGCAGCUCCGCCAUUUACAAAGAUAUUUAGAUAUAUCUAACUUCACAAAAAAUUUAUUAGCUUCGAUUUUAAGCUGAUCUAAAAGAAAUUCUAAAAUAUAUUUCUAUUUAUACAGGGUAUCUCGAAACCCAAAUGUCCCUUUUCUCUUGAAUUUCAAAUGGAACAAACACACCUAUAUUUCUACAUAAUUCAAUAGCUUUCCUUGGGAACUUUUUCUGAUAUAAGGUUUUGCCACAACAAUAUUUAUCUUAACCCAAGACAGAAAUUGAUUAUGAAAUUGUAAUACAUUUAAAGGAGUUGUGUUGAUUCCCUGAUGUUUGUUCUCUGGUCUAGUAUUUUUUCACAACAACGUUAUUUCGGCAACUUGGGUAACACCAUUCCCUGUUGUGUUUAACUCGAAAGACUGAUCACUGAUGUUUAAUAAAACCUAACGGAUCUCAGAAAAGUAUUAAUUGUUUAGCCACAUGUAUGA